UCCAUGAACUUUUGUCAAAUUUCAGUUUGGAGAUAGGCUUUCAGAUAAUGAUCCAAAAGUAUUUAAGAGGAUGUUUUUGUCUUUUAAACCAAUUAUAGAUGGCUUUAAAGCUGGAUGUAGACCAUUUAUAGGUGUUGAUGGUUGCCACUUGAAAGGUCCAUUUGGAGGUGUUUUGCUAUCAGCUAUAUCACUUGAUGGUGAUAAAGGUGUGAUUCCUUUAGCUAUUGCAAUUAUGGAGAUUGAGUGUGGUGCAAGUUGGGAUUUUUUCUUUGAUUGCUUGAAAACCUGCAUUGGUCCAGAAGAUGAUGAAACACCUCUGACAUUCAUGAGUGACAGACAAAAGGGACUUAUUCAAGCUGUCAAUAAUUGGUUUCCUGAGGCAUGUCAUAGAUUUUGUGCUAGACAUAUGUUCAACAACUUUAAGAAGCAAUAUCCUGGACUUGGUCUGAAACAAGAAUUUUGGAAUGCUGCUAGAGCCACACAUGGAUAUGAGUUCUGGGAGGCAAUGAAAAUGAUUAAAAGGGUUAAAGAUGGGGAGCCAUUUGACUGGUUAUUGAAGGUACCCAUGAGCCAAUGGAGUAGACACAUGUUUUGGCCAGAAGCAAAAUCAGAGCAUUUAACCAAUAACAUGACAGAAUCAUUUAAUGCAUGGAUUGGAAAAAUUAGAGGGUUGCCAAUUGUGAAACUGUUAGAUGCAUUUAGACAAAAAUGCAUGGUCAGACUCCAGAAGAGAUAUGCCAAUGGGACUUCAUGGGAAGGUAAGAUCACUCCUAAUGCUCGCAAGACAAUUAAUUCAAUCAUCAAGCAAGGGAAAAAUUGUAGGUUAUUGCCAUGUAGAAAUGAUGAAUUUGAAGUCACUAAGGGUAAUCUGAAAUUUGCUGUAAAGCUUCAGGAAAAAAAAUGCUCUUGCAAAUGGUGGGACAUAAGUGGAUUGCCUUGCAAACAUGCAGCCUUGUGUAUUGGAUACAUGCGUCAAGAUAUUGAGGAUUAUUGCCAUUAUUACUAUUAUAUUUCAACAUAUGUGAAGGUUUAUGAAGGGGUUAUUCACCCAAUGCCACAAGCCAAUUACAGUAUACAAGAUGAGUCUCAAUGCAUUAUGCCACCACUUUUGAAAAGGUUAUCUGGAAGGCCUAGAAAAGCAAGGAAGAGGGAAGAAGGUGAAGCUGCUCCAUCAAAUGUAAGGACCAAAUCAAAGACAACUAGAUGUGCCACAUGUAAGCAACUAGGGCAUAAUAAAAGGACUUGCCAAAGGGCACCUAUUAAGGAGAAGAGAAAAGGCAGUUCAUCUAACAUACAUGGGAGACAUAUCUGAGAUGCCACAAGUAAUGAAGAUUUUGGAAGAUGCAGAUACUACCAAUACCCUUCAAGAUUUUGGAAGCUAGUUUUCUAUGGACAAUAUUGAUGUUAUACUUUUGUAUUUUUGUAAUUAUGGGUACAGGUAGUCUUGGUAAAUAGGAUAAAUUUUUGAGUUUUUUGGAGUAUAUAUGGGUACAGACUUUUGGAAGCUUAUGAUAAUUUUAGGAUAUGCAGAAAAAAGUUAUAGUUAUGAUCUUUGUACUUGGGCAGUGAAUGGGCAAACUUUGAUAUUGUACUAACUAAUUAUAAUGAUAUGAUAUU